AACAUCGUUAAGUGGAAAUACGUCAACCUUGGGAAAGUCCUCGACUCGGCCCAUAUGACCGAGCUGGAUCCCAAGAAGACACACGUCAUUGAUGAUGAAAUCGAACUUGCACUCAGGGUAUCAAAAUCCUCGGGAGGGAUCAAAACAUUGUCAGAUCACAACAUUGCCUUCUUGAUGUAUAUUGAGGCCAUCUCAUUUGUUUUCCCCCAGUGUCGAGAUGAAUUCAUUCAGUAUAACACCUACCUUAGCCAAUUGUUCCAUGCAAUGGAAAUCCAGCUACACUCCCAAGUCAUUGAAUUCGACCGUUCAGUCAGAAACCAAGUGGCCAUGUAG